AUGGAUGAACUCAACGCUGAAAUGGAAACUAUUUACAGCGAAACUGAAGUUCGUAUUGAUUUUAGGGGACGACUAAAGAUUGAACCUGGACUCGCAGCCAUUAUGCGCGAAGUAGGAGAUUACGACCUUCUGAUGGAAGCAUGGGCAGCGUGGCACAACUCUGUGGGCAGGCAAGAAAGGGACCUCUUCAUUCCCUACAUCAAGCUCGCGAACGAAUCUGCGAUUUCCGAAGGUUAUGGAAACAUCAAGGAGAUGUGGUUGAAGAGCUACGCGAUGAACAAUUUUACGGAAGUGAUCGAUGGAAUCUUCGAAGAACUGUCGCCUCUCUACAAAAAGCUCCACGCUUACGUCCGUAUGAAACUGCGAGACAUCUACCCUGGUAGGAUGCCGGAGGACGGCACGAUCCCUGCACACCUUCUCGGCGACAUGUGGUCUCAACAGUGGGGAAACUUGUACACCACUCUUAGGAAUGGCACUCCCAUCGAUAUUACGCGCGAGAUGGAAUUUCAGAAAUGGGACGCCCAGAGGAUCUUUGAGACUGCGGAAGCGUUUUUCGUCAGCCUGGGGCUAAGCCCCAUGACGCCAACGUUCUGGAACAAGUCCAUUUUGUCCCAGCCGGCCGACCGAAACAUCGUCUGCCACCCCGCAGCGGCUGAUUUCAGCGAUGGGGAUGAUUACAGAAUCAAGAUGUGCACUGAACCAAGAUUAUUGGACCUCCUGAACGCUCACCACGAGAUGGGCCACAUUGUCUACUACAUGCUGUACAGUCACCUGCAUCCCUCCUUCCAGGAUGGCGCCAACGAAGCGUUCCAAGAGAUGGUUGGAGACCUGAUCGCCCUCUCUGUGUCAACGGUCAGACGCUACCGCCACCUGGGCUUGCUGGGCUUCGAAUACAUCGACCCAAUUGAUGCUCUGCUUCAGACGGCUCUGGACAAGAUAGCUUUCCUCCCUUAUGGUUACGCGCUGGAGAAAUGGCGUUGGUCCGUCUUCACAGGCGAGACCCCAUUCGAAGACAUGAACAAAAGGUUUUGGGAAUACAGGAUUAAGUAUCAAGGAGUAUCACCGCCGUUGACGAGGGCGGAACUUCAUUUCGACCCCGGAGCAAAGUACCACGUUGCUAUUAACGCCCCGUAUAUAAGCUAUUUCGUGUCCUUCAUACUUCAGUUCCAAGUUCACGAAUAUCUUUGCUCCAAGACCAACAAGAUCGACGACGAAAAUCCUUUCCACGAAUGCGACAUUUACGGACACGAGCUCGCCGGACAUAUCCUAAAGCGUGGAUUAUCCCUCGGUAAAAGCAAGCCGUGGCCAGAGGUCUUGGAAAUAUUGGCCGGGACAAGCCAGAUGUCCGCUGGCUCCAUGAGGAGGUACUUCAAACCCUUGGAAAAGUGGCUCGAUGAACAAAUCAAGGACGAGAUGGUCGGGUGGGACACUGCCCUCGGUAAUAGUUAG